AUUCAAAGAUCAGAACAUAAGCGUGAAGACGACGAGAUAGUAUAUUGGCAGGAAAAAUUGAUCAAAGAUGCACAUAACAGAACAAUAAAACCGUGGCUACAGUUGGAAUCCAUUUUGCCUCUGACUGAAAGCCGAAAACAAUUGCGUAUCGCUCGAGAGAAUAUACUAGAUUUCAUCUACAAUAUAACACGAAAGGCAAUAAGUCACACUGCUCUACAAGAUAAUAAUGAGAUUUCUGAAAGGCCAAAACCUAUUUUUACCAACUACUGGAAUCGUGUGGAAGAACUACGUAAUAAUGUUAGGAGCAAAUCCUGCGAAGUGAGCGACGAGAAUUUCUUCGACGAUGCUAGAAGUUUUUUUGCUGCUAUUCAAAGUGUUAUCACGGAACUGACAACUUUCAUUAUACUUAUGCUGGCAAUGCAUACAGAAGUGCAAGAAAAACUGCGAGAGGAAAUAUCUGUCACAUUUAAUAAUAACAAGAUUGAUGCCCAACAUCUCCUUAGCAUGCGGUAUUUUCAUAUGGUGUACCAAGAGACAUUUAGAUUGUUUCCUAUAGUACCUAUUAUUUCGCGCCAACUUACAGGAGAUAUAAAGCUUGAAUCAUGUACUUUGCCGGAUGGAUGUUACGUUAUGAUUCCAGUAUUUGCUAUUCAUCGUAACCCUGCGUAUUGGUAUAAGCCAUUGGAAUUCAUUCCUGAACGAUUUUCGCCUGAAAAUUCGUCCAGCCGUGUUCGUUAUACGUAUAUUCCGUUUGGUACGGGCCUCAGAGAUUGUUUAGGUCAAAGAUAUACGUACUUAUCCGCGGCGACGAUAAUCGUAAAUUUGUUGCGACGAUUUCGAUUUACAACAACCGUCAGCAACGUAAAUGACGUUGAAAUAACAAACGAUCUCAUAUUACGAGCUCGAAAUGCGAGAUUCUCCAUAUCUCGUAUAUGAUAACAGUCUUUUAUGAUAAUUGAUAACAUAAAUUACAAUAGAUUAUUAUUCUAUUCUUUACAGUGCAUUAGAAGUUAUAAUAUAAGUA